GAGGAAAUGUGCCUUUACAAAUAAAUACUGCAUCCUAGCCCCGUGUUUUCUGAGACAUUCCUCAACUGCACAGACAUUCUGAGCCUACUGCAGAGGAACCUCCAGUCACAGCACCAUGAACCAAAGAGCUGUUCUCAUGUUCUGUCUCAUCCUUCUGACUCUGAAUGGAACUCAAGGAAUACCUCUCAAUAGAACUACACGCUGUAGCUGCAUCAAGAUUAGUAAUCAGCCUGUUAAUCCAAGGUCCUUAGAAAAACUUGAAAUGAUCCCUGCAAGUCCAUCUUGUCCGCGUGUUGAGAUCAUUGCCACAAUGAAAAGGAACGGGGAGAAAAUAUGUCUGAAUCCAGAGUCUAAGAUCAUCAAGAAGAUACUGAAAGCAAUUAACAAGAAAAGGUCUAAAAGAUCUCAAACACAGAGAGAAGCAUAAUCACUGCAUUACUGUUAAGGAUGGACCAUCAGUUCCUUAUAUACAGUAUACGUCAAGCCCAAUUUGUCCCUGGAUUGCAGUUCUCCUAAAAGGUGACAAACCAGUCACCAAAUUAGCUGCUAUUAUUCCUGCAGGGAGGUGGAUGGUUCAUCAUCCUGAGCUGUUCAGUAGUAACUCUGCGCUGGUACUAUAUUAUAAGCUAUGCUUAGGUGCUACGUUCUUAGUGAAUGUGCCAAAUCCUAGCCCUGCUUUCUUCACCUUUCAUACCUUUUAAAUGUUAUUAAGGGAUCUUUCUGCCUCUGGGUUACCAAAGGUCUUAGAAUCUCAAAUAACUAAGAAGAAUGCAAUCGAAAUCAUAAUUCAAUAUGCUUUUUAAAGAAAGAUCUUCAUUCCUUGGGCUGCUACUGCCAUCCUUCAAAGGGGCUCAGAUUCUUCUGGUGGUUGUAUGCUCCUAUACACGUGUGUGUGUGUGUGUGUGUGUGUGUGUGUGUGUAGAUGUACAUAUAUAACAAAAUACAUAGAAACUAGAAAUGUCUGAAAAUGUAUGUGGAAACAGUAUUAUUUAAUGCAAGACUAUACAAUGUAGAAUUCUUAGAUGUAUAUGUUUCUUACAUUGUUUUUAGUGUUUAUAAAGUAACUUGUAUAAAUUCUACACAUGAAUGAGCAAAGGAAGAAAUUUUAAAAUCUAGGUAUUUUCUUUGCAUAUUGUGUAAGACAAAUAUGCUGGUUGUUUUUCAAAAUAAAAAUGAUGUGCUCUCUGGAGAGACCAAAAAGGUAAUAAACUAAUUACAACUAUGA